CAAUCUUCCAUCCUCCUCCCCUCCUCUCCCCGCCGACAUAUCAUGCGCGCGCGCUGCGCCUGACCGUCUCUCUUCAUACCUAGCUCCCCACUACCCGUCCACCAUCCCGCCCCCUCCGGCAGUCCGUACGGCCGCCGUCAUGGCCGAGCGCGGGCACCGCGGUGACCGCGACCCGCGCGACCAUACGCCAUCGGCGGCCAGAGAGUCUCCCACGUCCGCCUCCGCGGCCAGCGUCCAUCCUCUUGCGUUCCUGCCCAAUCUCUUUGGAAGGCGGAGCACAAGCCAUAAGACAAGGGCUGUUGCGCCGGGCGUCACACGCACGAGCAUCGAUGAGGGGAAUCCGUUGGGCUCACCUCCAGCGGGGAACGUCGCCCUUCCUUCCGUCUCCGCCGCAUCAGGCUCUGGGUCUGCUUCCAACAAUGCAGCUGUCAACGCUCUCGCCAGCGGUGGCGUCUUCCAUCUCGACACUGCCCUCGCACUCCUCGCCCCAGGAGCCACCAAGAGUACCGCUGAACUAGUCGAGAUCGUCAAGGCGACCAGUGUGUACCUGGCCAACGCCUUGCUCGAUCACUCGCCUUCCGACGCCACCGCACCCGGCUUAACAGAACUCGGGCUUAACCCUGGUGAUAUGCCCACGCUAUACGCACGCGCAAUGGAGCUUUCGGACCCAAAGCAGGACUACAGUCUACGCACCGCGGCCAUCCGUCUCCUCGCUGUCCUCCUCGGGGCCGCGCCGCCACGGGACUCCGUCCUCGAUGAGAACAUCUACGACCUGCCAACCUCUGUGUCCCGCCGCGCAAUCUAUCGGCUUAUCACGUCGUUCUCGGGCGGAACACCUGGGCACGCGGCGACGAAUCAGAUCUACGUCGAGGUCGGCGCGCUGAAGGCUCUGACACGUGAGGGAACGAUUGUGGAUGGCAUGGAGGGGAUCCUUGGCUGGAUGCUUAGGACGUUUACCAACCUCAUGCCCUACUGGGUCCAGUGGUGCUCGUCGACUGCCGACGCCCCUGAGACGGAGGGUAAGGACACCCCUUUCGGACCCAUAAAGAGCGCAUCGCCCGCCGUGGCCGCAGCGGCAAUGAUCGACCUCAUGGGCAGCAUUGUACAAAACCGUAUCGCACUCUUUGCGCCUGCCGAGCUCUCGCAGAUCGUCCGUCCCCUUAUCGAGUUCGUCUGGAAGGGCAUCCUUGUCGCUCCUCCCACCGCUACGUCCCCUGGUGUGCCCCUCUCAUCACCAACCGUCGGACACCGUCCCACACACCCCGCGACAGUAACGUCGAGCGCCGUGCCUCAGUCAACCCGCAAUCGGAUGGAAGUGCGUCGCACCACCAGUUUGACGGUCGGCCGGGUCGAGCCCUUCCCACCGGGCAGCCCUGGCGUAAAACCCCCAAAGUCGCCUGUACGCGCAGCCGCCUCUCGUCAGGUUAAAUGGAGCCGACCAUUCAAGAGUCUCUGCGCGCUGGUCUUCAUGCUUCUAGAGAACACGACUAUCAACGACGACCUCUUCGACGAAAUGUUUGAGCUUUUGUCCUUCGUGUUCGGCCAGGACGAGGCUGACGCGAUGAUGGACGCGGACAUGCAGCUCGGCGCCAACGACCUGGUUCGAACCAUGCUGAACACCAGCUCAGGGCGCCGUGGCGAGCUGGCACUUCGCAAGGCACUUGAGGGCAAGCUCGUACUCACACAGGCUGACGGGCGCCGCACACCUGACAUCGAACGUAAGGUCACACGUGGUGCGGUUAUCAUUGCGCGUAUGGCCGUGGAAGAUCGUGACUUCCGCGCCCAGUGUGGGCUCAGCUUCUCUAGCCUGUGCCCCUCGCUUAUCGCGGCCGAAAGCCCCGCUCGCUACCCCGGCAAGAAUGAUGUACGUGCCGUGGAGUGGGCCAAGUGGGCUCCGGUGGACAGUGAGAUCCUCAACUUCCUCGAUGCGCAUCUCUCCGCCCUGGAGGUCGCAACUGGCGCCAAUGAGCUUGCUGUCAACGAUGCUUGGACAGAGGGCGAGGCUGCCAGUGAGGUGCUUGACGCUCUCCGCCCGGUCGCAGAGGCUGGUGCUGGCAGCAUCCCUCGUACCCUACUCACUGGCGAAGGCACCCCCUUCGCGGCGCACUUCUCGAGUCUUGCUCACCGCAUCCCCGCCGCCAUGGGCCGCCUCAACUCGCUCCUGCACUCAUCCUCCCCGUCGUCCGCCGAAAGUCCAUCUACGCCCGCUCCCUUCUACCACCCCAAGUACAUCUCACUCCUGCUCGACCUCGGGCCCCACCUGGACGAGGACACGGCUGGCGUAGUUCUCGACUACUAUACCCGCGAGUGCCUGUGCCUGCCGUUCACAAGCGGUUGGAUUCAGAAUAUCUGGCAGCUCCUUGAGGCUUUCGGGCUGCACUACGACCUGCCGAUCGCAAGAGUCCGCGUUUCGCUCCUCCUAUACCACGACAUUUACGGAUACGUGCAGGAUCUACCGGAGCACCGUGCGAUUCUGGUUGAGCAGGUGCUCGUGCCGUACCUUUCCAAGUGGCUGCCGGAUGAGACCGACAAUCAGCUGCUGUGCGAAGCGCUGGACGUACUCGUUAAAGCGGCGGUCGCUGAGACGCAGGAGAAGGACGAGGACCGACGGCGCGCACGCGCUCUCAAGCGAGAGGCUGAACUGGACGCCGAGGACGCGAGCGCUCUCCCUUCGCAGGAGAUGGUCGAGUCGAUAUCGGGCGGCAGCUUUGACGCCAUCCGCUCGCUACUCACCAAGCUAGCCAUGACGAGUCCAUGCAAGGAAGGCGCAAGCCACCUCGCUUCACACGUCUCCGUCGGAACCGCUGGAAGCGGCGUCGUCUCGCCGACAUCAACAGAGGGCUUGACAAAGGAGGGCCGAGGAAGUCGUGAAGGACGGUCCAGAGAGCCUGGAGGCUUGCGCUCCCUUAUGCGCACACUGUCGCCCACCGGCGCGGGGUCUUCUGAGCGCACUUCACCGCCGCAGCAGAAUGUUGGCGCGCUAUUCGCUCAGGGUGACGAUUACUUUGCCGCCAACCCGGGGCGACCGCAGCACCUGAGCUGCAAGAGCUUGCACGCUGUUAAGGCGCUUAUCGCCAUCUUUACCCGACUGGCCUUCACGACACCUCUCGCCGGCUCACAGUCAUCUCUGCGGCCUGUCCGCACGCCCGCAAGCGCGCGCUGCCUUGAGAUCUACCGUGACCUCCUGCAUCUCCUGUACAGCAUCAAUGAUGGCGCUGGUCGCCUUCCUGCCAAGUGUCCGCGCGGGCGUCUGGUUGUGUUACAGUGGGCGAUGCGCCUCCGUGCAGACCGGAAACACCGCAUCCUCUUCCGGGCCGACCUAAACCGCUUCGUCAUGCCGUUUGCCGAGACGCUUUUCCGCACCAAGGAGACGGAGGAGGCUAUUAGGACGCAGCUCGAGGCUGAAGAGGCGAGAAAGCGCGCUCGGGCUGAGCGCUCUUCGGCAAGCCAGCAGCAGCGGGACGACGAACGCGGCCGCUCACGUGGCUCCGAGCUCUCGGCCGGCGCCCGUUCCCGCUCCCGCUCGAAGGCAGCUGCUGGGCUGCUCCGCGCUCCCGGUCCCGAGCGGCAGGAGUCGUACAACCCUCUUUGGGUGUUGCCGGAGCACGUUGACUUCGAGACGCCACCCGAUAACCACCCGUCAGAAGGGCUGCUCACAUACGAUCCCAACCACCCGAGUCUAAGGGUCAAGGACGCGCCGCUCGUUGAGGGUGCGUGGCUUCCUGUGUCCGAGUACGUUCGGGUACUCAACGGCAUUCUGCGAUGGGAGCAGGACUGGGAAUUGGUCAGCUAUGUGCUCUGCUACUUGCCCCAGCAGCUGGGCAACAAGCACUUCUUCCACGGCACACGCGCUGUCAGAGAGAUUAAAGGCUUGCUUCGCGUGCUGUGCGACGGCAUUCUUGAGUCGGACAGCCGGUGGGAGCGGCGCUAUAACAUCCCGUCCUUCAUCCGUCGACCCCACAUCAACAACAUGGCGUACCAGGGUCUUUCGAUUCUGGUGUCGUACAGGAGCGUUUUGAAUCGCACGGAAAGCGAGCGUCUCAUUGCUGCAUUUGUCAAUGGCCUGGAGGCCAACGCCCUCCUCGCGAAACCGUGCAUCCAGGCCCUCACAAUCUGCAUCUACGAGCUUGAGGGAUACGUCGCCAAGGCGCUACUGCAGAUUCUGCAGCGAGUGCAGCAGAUUCUCUCCAUCCCGAACGUCGCCGUGCACAUCCUCGAGUUCCUGGUGGCGCUAGGAAACAGCCCGCUGUACCGGAACUUCACGGAUGAGCAGUACCGCCAGGUCUUUGCGGCGGCGGUGGGCUACAUCGCCGAGCACAAUGCGCGCUCUGACACGUCUGACAAGGACUUCGCAGCCGCCAAUCGCGAAAGCUUCACCCUCAGUCAACACGUGAUUGGUCUCGCGUACCACGCCAUCUACUUGUGGUUCCUCAACAUUCGUGUCUCGCAACGCACACGACAUGUGUCUUACUUGAUCAAGGGUCUCUUGCACGCCAAGAGCCAGCGUGGUUCCAUUGAUGAGCGCACUGAAGUGUGCUUCGACUGGCUCGCCCGAUACACGUACGGCAAUGCCGAUCCGAAGCCAGCCCAAAGCUUCCUUUCCGAGGCCGUCAUGCUCAAGACCAACAAUCAGGAGACCGCGCCCAAGAGCAUCUCGUGGAUGCUCGGGGGUGCGAUCGUGACCGUCACCUCCCACCAGAGGAGUGGCUGGGCAACAAUCACAACUACGCGGCCCACAGGACAGACCAGCGUCAUCGCUAAGCUCGAGAAUGUACCACUCCUGGAGCUGGGCGAAGACAAUGCCGACUUGUCAACUCUGCCCGCGUUCCUGAUGGCCAACCGCGAGCUUCGGCGUGACAUUAACGACAUUCACACCACAGUGCAGACCAUUGAGGAGGAGCGCGACAAGGACGUCGAGGGGAACGCCGAGAAGAAGGAGGAGAGCAAGAGGGAGAAGAAGGAUGAGGUCGAUGACGAGAACAAAUACGACACCGCCACCGCCAAGGAGAACUUUGACCCUGCUGCCGUGGACAUCGUUACGGUCAAGCCACCGCCGCCGAAGGAAGAAGCGCGCGCAAACUUCGUGUGGAGCGGAGCCACGCCCUCCCAGCGGCGCAAGGAUGUGACGGUGGACCCAAGCUACCUCGCCCUUCAACUCUUGUCGAGCUACCCCAACAACGAUCUCCGCGUCCCUCGUGGAAUCCUCAUUCCGCCGACGCCGAAGCACGAGCGCGCACUGAGGGGAAUCAUCAACACCUCCGUGAUUAACACGUUCAAGAUCGCUGUGCUCUACGUAGGACCAGGGCAGACAAACGAGACCGAAAUCUUGGGAAACGUGGACGGAUCGCCCCUGUUCCUCGACUUCCUCGCUGGCCUGGGCCGCAUUAUCCGCCUCAAGGGCCAGGUCGACGUGUUCACGGGUGGCAUGGACCGCGAGAACGACACCGAUGGGCUGUAUGCGUACGCAUGGUGGGACGACCUUGCGCAAAUGAUCUUCCACGCGCCUACGCUCAUGCCCAAUCUGCCUCACUUCCCGGAGUUUACCAACAAGAAGCGUCUCGUCGGUAACGACUACGUCAAGAUCAUCUACAACGAGUCUGGUGCUGACUUCGCCUUCGACACCAUCAAGACGAGCUUCAACUUUGUGAACAUCGUUAUCUCCCCUUACGCUACGCGGGAUGCGGCGGACGCCGGAUCACUGCUUUCGUCUGGGGCUGGCGCAUCGAGCGGGCAGCAGGAAACGUUCGGGCCUCGGCGUGAUGAAUGGGGCGGCGACAGCGAGGACUUCUUCAAGGUCGUACUUCAGGUGCGCCCCGGCAUCCCCGACUUCUCGCCCAUCGGCGAAUACAAGCUGGUCUCGCGCCGUAAUCUGCCCACCCUGGUGCGCCAGAUUGCGCACCAGGGCAACUCGAUGGCGGUCCGCUUCCAGCACGUGCAGGGCGCGGUGGAUGCCGAAUCGGCCGAGUACAUUACCGACUGGCGCGCGCGGUAUCAGUCGAUGCAGCGGCUGCGUAAAAUGCUGCCAUCUGAAGAGGCACCCAAAGAUGCGCAGGAAAGCGAGGAGCUGCUGCGAGACUUCUCCCGCAACUUUACCCCUAUUGCUCCUUCCGAGUCGUAGAAUCAAAAUGUGGAAUAAUGCACAAGUAUCUUGUAUAGUUUACAGUGUGUGUGUGGAGGUAC